AAGACAAAGAGAGAAAAAUACAAUUUUCAAAAGUUUUUAGAGCAGGCAGUUACAGUAUUUUCCACAAACCAAAAUAAUGAAUAGAACAGAAAUUAUACAAACAUACAAUUCUCUCAAUCAUAAAUUCCAUAAAAUUAUGAUGAAAUAUAAACCUUUAAAGGAGUAUUCUAGGUUCAAUACAAGUUAAGCUUAAUCAACAGCAAUUUGUGGCAUAAUGUUGAUUAUAGUCCCUUGUAUUCUUUAAAAAAAGCACAAAUCUCAAAUACAAUGAGGCACUUACAAUGAAAGUGAAUGGAUCCAAUAUAUAAAUGUAUAUAAACAAGACGUAAGCAAUAUCUGUGUUAACAUGAUUUUAGUGUAAAGUUAUAGUAAAUCUUACAACUUCGCUGUCAUGACGCAUAACGCCGUAAACACUAAAACCCUAAAACAACUGUAAAAACUGUGAUUUAAAGAACUUUACAGCUCAAUAAUGCAUACGUUUUAAAAGAAGAAUUCAUGUAAGUGCUUUUAUACAUUAGUAAGCUUCACAUUUCUGCCUUUAAACCCUCGAAAGAAUUGCCCCAUUUACUUCUGUUACAAGUGCCUCACUGUUAGCUCGAUAUUUGCUUUUUUUAUGCCACAAAUACUGUCGAUUGAGCUUAACUUGUAUUGAACCCGGAAUAUUGCUUUAAGUAACCCUUAUGUAGAAAAUGAUGACAUAGUAUACAAAAUUAGCUUCUGGCUAACUGAAUAGCUAUCUAGCUUUUGGCUAGGUAAACAACGGGCUUCAUACUCAGCUUCAACUUGUUUUUUAUUGGCAUAAUGUCAUCCAGCUUUUAUAAUACUCAUGUGUUGAGCAUGAUGAACUUUCAAAGUGAAAUUCAAAAUUUGCAGGGAGAAAGAGAGAUAAAGUUUUAAGCCAAAGUUAGCAUUAGGACUGGCUUUAAGUUUUAAAUUUAAUACCAGACAUCUAUUUGUGGCUUCUCUUUAAUGCAGGUGUUGAAAUGCUGAUGGAUUUAAGUUACGGUAGCCAGCCUAGCCUGCUUCCACAGCAGUAUCCUCCCCCUCUACUGCCCAAACCAGGGAGAGACAACGCUCGUCUGCAGAAACUACUGAAGAAAAAUGCCAAGAAGAAAGUGGGCUCUUCCUCUCAGACACCCAUCCCAUUUCGGUCUAACCUAUCACCAGUAAAUGAGGCCAGCCCUGAUCUGGAGCACAGCAACCACUCCACUCCUCCAAGGACUCCAGAAACCCCUCUCUUCAGCAGGACCCCCGACUCCCGCUAUUCCUCCAGCAGCCCUUCCUACCAUUACUCCUGCUCACCGUACUUAUACUCUACCAAUAGCUCACACUACAGUUCCACGCCCACACUGUCUGCACAGUCAUCCUCAAACCCUGCCCGAUCCCUGGAGCACCAGAUAGCACCACUAUAUACAUGCUCAUCUAUUCUUUUUGACGAUGACAUGGAGCAGGCCACAGAUGCAGACCUAGAUCCAUCAUUUGAGAUAGCCUUCAGCCAAAUUCUUCAAACCAGUUUCUCAGGAGUACAAAGCCUUUGUCAUGCAGUGGACACCUAUCAAGCCUCAGUGCAAAACCAAGCCCCCAUCUUGGCUCCGGUCCAACCUCCUGCUCCAAAUUUGACAUCAGCCUGUGCACCAGUUUACCAGACUACUGUUUCUCAGGUGGCAGCAAGCCACUCUAAUGGAGAAGGAUAUAAAAAUUUUGCACCUGCACUCAUAACUCAAAAGCCUCUUAAUCACAUCAUGGAAACAUCAUACUUGAGCACUAGCAUGACCUCCACAAUGCAGAAAAUACCACAAACAAGGAUUUAUACUCCAAAGACCUCAUUUUAUGAAAUAUCAAAGCCACCUACUGAGGAUGCUUUGACAUGUAAUUCAGCAUAUCAAACACUAUCCACUACAAAAAUGGGCACAACUACAGUAACAGAUGUUAAACAAAAUGCAAAGACAAUGUAUGAAGCUAAAACACAUUGUCAACCAAACAAAUAUGCGAAACCAGUGUCAGGGGUACACAGACCUGUUUUUCAACCUGGUGAAGACAAUCAACCCUUGUUUGCAUUAAACUCUGUUUUAUCCUCCACAAAUGAAGCAACAGUCUCUACAGAAAAUUAUCUGGGACCCAAACCUCAAAAUCAUUGGCUCCAACCUCUCUUAUCGAUAAAUGGAACAACUCAAAGUUCAGAAGCUGAUAAUGACAAUGGUCUAAUAAAUUCUGCUGUGGAUAAAAUUAGGAAUUCCACUCCAAAUGGUAUGGUUCACUUAGGAAUCAAACCAUUUAUUUCCAAGGCCUAUUCUGAGGAAUACUUGACACCGAAGAUUUCUAAAUGUGAAGUUUCCUUAUCCAAGACACUUGCUGAAACUAGUAAGUCAAGCUCUAGGGCAUCUGAAGUGCUUACAUCUACAGUUCCACAGGCAUAUCCAAUGUCUAAAACUGAAAUUUCAGAAACCUGUAUGAUGAUACCAACCAACUCUGUUCCAAAAGAUGUACGUCAGGAGACAUCUAUGCUUGCACCCUCACGCACUUACAACACACCCAGUACUCCUGUAUAUUGGUCACCAAGACCACCAGCAUGUUUUGUGUGCAAACAGCGACCAUCACAAACUGAAUCCAACAUCCCUAAACGAAAGUCAACCUACUACGGAUUGACACCUGCAGAAUAUAUUGCUUAUGGUGGAAUCAAGGUCCAUUUACAUGGCGAUCCUCCUGUAUCUAAGCCUCAGAUACCUGAAGAUUUAAAAAACAUUACAUAUUCCAUAUCCAAACCUCCUACCAAGACAUUUCAAGAAAUAUCCAAUAUUGUAUCUGAUUUCAAGGAUGAGAAAUCUUCUGAUGUGCAAUUACCAGUUUCAGAGGCUUUACAAACUUCUGUGGCUGCACUGACCUCACAAAACACAACAAAUCAAGAGAGAGUAUUGGUAACGGACAAAACUGAAAUACAAAUUAUCAACAAUCCCAUCUUGGAUAUACCAGUCGAGACAAUCCCUGGAGUAAAAUCAAGACCUUUGGCUUUAUAUUCUGAAGAUUCAAUGUCCCAUGGGCUACAAACAACACCUUUAAGAAAGCCACUUAACACAUCCAGUGCUGCAGUAGCAGAGGCUCCAAGACCACCCAUUUCAGGGGCUACAGACACCAUCACACCCCCUUUUAUGACAGAGGGGGAAAAAAUUCCAACUUACCUUUUUCCCCUGGCACAAUCAAAUAUUCAGAACUCAAAUAUACCUGGAAAAUUAACAAAGAAUUUCUUGUCAUUUCAAAAUAUUCCACUGCAAACAGCGCAGUCAGAGAAUGCACACAGAUCUAUAUAUCCAACCGAAAGUUAUAAACCUGCUUCAGCGCAAACAAUGCAGUUGCAAGUUUCACCAAAUGUAGAGCAGAAAACUAAACUGUCAUCUUUACAAACUCACCAGCCUUGCUCCUCUGUCCACAACUCUACUACCAUCACCACAGGUAGUGAACGUCACAAUGUCAUAAACACCAACAAUGAAAUCCCAGCUGUAAAUAAUAUCAGAACAACCUCACCUAACAACAAAGAUUCUAGAAUGCCAUCUGCAGACACCAGAAGUUACAAUAAAGUCCCUCCUGAUAUUAAAUCAGCAGCCCUCUCAAAGUCAGAAGAACCUAAACCUGCAGCUCUCUCAAUGUUAGGUGCAUCUAUGUUUGCAACCCCCUCGCAGACAGAGGUAUAUAGACCUGGAGCCUCAUAUAAGCCUAAUACAUCCAAUCCAUUAUUUUUGUCCAAAUCAAAUGUAUCUAAUCCUACAAGUUUGCUUAAAUCAGAUACAUAUAAUCCUGCAAAUAAUUCUAAGUCAGUAACAUCUAAACCUGCAGAUCCUGUUAAAUCAGAUGUAUCUUAUCCUGCAGCUCUGUCUAAGUCAGAAGCAAAAAAAUCUGAAGUUUUAUCAAAACCAAUUACAACACCUCCCUCUUUGAAACCCACUGCUAAAAUCAACAUAAACGCUGAAGACACCAAAAGUGAGCAGAUGCAAAAAAAUGAAAUCAACCUGAAUUCUAUUUCAAACCAUUCAAACAAAACAAACACACCAUCCAAAAUGCCUUCAGAUGCACAGAUAUUUUCAGAGAAUCCUGUAGUUGUCAUCAACAAAGAGAUAGUUGCACCUAAUACUGAAGCCCCAGUCACACACCUGGCAAUGGAUAAAUCUUUCAAGCAAGACAACAGCAAAGAAAACUUAAUAACAUUAAAUGAGCUAAAACCAUCCAUAGAUUUUGCAUCAGACUUGAAUGACUCCAAUAACACAAACACUGUUUUCGAAGCUGCAGCUGAAGUAACAGCUGACUCUAAAUCAAGCUUCCACAGUUCAACACUACAAACCAAAACAACCACAAAUAUCAAACCAUCUGAUAAACCAUCCAAAUCUACGAAAAUGGAAAGUGUGCAAACCAAAUCCUUAAAAACUGAUACUCAAAACCCUUUAGCAUGCUUAAUAUCAAAUGCCAAAUCUAAAGCUCAAAGUACAGAAACAAGCCUUGCUGCCAUGCUUCUGAAGGCUGCCAAAUCCCUUCCACUCUCUUCAUCUACAGAAACAAAAAACUCUGCUAAGUCCCAGAUAGAAGUCAAAGCACCCAAUUUAAUUGCAAAUUCUAGAAUGGAUGGAAAGGCACCAUCUGCUAAAGACAGUAAAGAUAGUGAGUCAAACUCCAAGUCUGACACCCGAAAACCUCAUGACUGUUUGAGAGAUUCGGUAACCAUUGAGAGACAAAACUAUGCUGUUGACAUUGAGGUGUCCAAUGAAAAUAAGAGCCACACAUCAGACAUGGAUGGCAAGGUUAGCAAAGAAACUCCAUCUGAUCCCGCAUCAGGGGAUUACAAAACACAAAUUGAACUUAAGGCUGUUCAGAAACCCAAAGGUCUAAAGGCCAAACUCAGUGGCUGGACAAGACUAAAGAAACACAUGGUGGUUGAACCUGAUGCACCCAGUUUUCCAGAGUCUGAGACUGAGAAAAAUGCUGAGAAAACAAACAGCAAGACAAGUGGUAAUAACAAGUCUGCAGGGACCAAAGAAGAGUCGGCUGGUCAGGAUGUUGUGAAAAUGAAAGAGGAGCCCAGGUCAGCAAAAAUGUGGGAUGCUUUACUUUUUCAUAUGUUCUCCACAAAGGAGAACAUUAUGAAGCAGAUUAAUUCCAACAAAACAGAGGAACAGCGGAAGAAAAUAGAGAAAGAUGACCAGCUAGUUCCAUCCUUUGUCAACCGCCUGCCCGUCCUUCUUUAUAGCCCACGCUUUGAUGCUCGAAAGCUGAAGGAGGCGGCUGCAAAACCUCUUAACAAAAUAGCUACAGCCUUUGAGAGAGGGCUGUUGCAACGCAAACAGAAAGGUGAAGAGCCAAAAGACUUUAACAGAAUAGCUAAAGGAUUUGGUACACCUACAUCAAAAACUACAGAUGUUUGAUUUUGUUUAAAUUGUAUAGUGUAAAGUUUAUGUAAACUUUGAUUUAAACUAGAAUUAUCCAAUUGUAAAGUUAAGAAUUCAGCCUUUAUGUGAUGCUGUAUGCUGUUCAUUUACCCUGUUGAAAAGACCAGCAUUGCUGGUCACCAGCAUAUGUUGUGUUUCGGAUGCUGGUCCACAGCAUUCAUUAGGAUGCUGGUAUGCUGGUGUCUCGACUAGGCUUCUAAAUAAGCUCAACCAGCAAGCCUCUCUUGGCCAAGCAGCUUGUCUGGUGAUGGACCAGCUAGACUGUCACAAGACCAGCUUGGAUCACCAUGGAAAUUCAUGGUGUUCUUUUCAGCAGCGUAAUUUCAUUUUUUUCUUCUUCAUGGAAUCAACAAAACAUCUGAGCUCUGCUCUAAGCAGUGCUGUGAGGGACUGGUCAGCAGAUAGUGAGGCCUAGUGCAUUCCUAUAUUGAGAUGGCUGAUGGAAAGAGCGACUGAUGGGUGCAGCUGUCCAGGAUGUGGAAGGAACACUGUGGAGAGUGAGGAAGUGAGCAAGGUCUGAAAACAUAAUGGUGAGAAUGAUCAGCAAGGAAAGUGGCUCAGAGAGCAGUGUGGCAUCCAGGAGAUGGAUCUGGGGUUCAGGAUUUGUCUUGUCAGUUGUGUCAGGUAGUGCGAGCACACAUGUUGAGAAUAGAGUGGUUCAGAAUGUGAAGUUUUGAGGGUUAUCAGAGGCCUGUUCAUUUACAUAGCAGAAGUGGACUAUAAUUUUACAUGGCGUGACAUUUAAAAUAAAAUGUGGAAUUGAGGAUUAAAAAUAUCAAUGUUUAUCAUGAAAUAUGACAAAAAUGUAAAAUCAUCACUCCUUGUAUCAUGAUAAAUGUAUAGAGUAGUUUCAUUUUUGUUCUUUCUAAACUGAUGUUUGUUCGAAACCAUUUGGGUGUUGGGUGUUUUCUUUUUUGAUUGUGUUUCUUGUUUACAGUUUUUUGUUGCGAAAUAUUGAAAGUGAUUUUUUUAUGUUUAUGGAUUUAUUUGUUGCUCAGUUUUUGUGAAGAGCUGUGACCUGCAUGAUUAUGUUGACAGGUAUGACAGCAGGGAUGUGACAUUUACACAGUACUGCUCAGGGCUGACAGGAAACUUUUCUUUAGAAGCUGGUAAUUAUGGCAGCCCUGUUCUUCAAUUAUGGCAGGCCUGUACUUUAAGGAUCUUUGCAGCUGACUGCUGUGUCAUACCCUCAGGAUUACUCACUCUACAUCCACAUAACUCUCAGUUAGGUUAAAUUUUACCACACUACACUAGUAUAUUAAAAGGGGUCUGGUUACACAGAUUUUAAAUAAAGGCUCAUCAACACAUCAUAAGUUCAUGUAUUAUGCCCUUUUCCAUUUAAGAGCAAGGUAAGAAAUCACAACAAAUUCUAAAACUCUCAUUAAUCAUCACACACCUGCUCUACCCUGUGCACUGACGGUAUUUUAAUACACCUAAGUUUGUUUUUAGAUAAUCAGCAUCCAAGCUAAUGUGAAACACAUUUAUCAUAUUUUAGAUACUUUGAUAAAGCAUGAACUAUGUUUGUACACUAAUGCACACUCUGUAUUUAUAUUUUGUUAUUUUAAAUAAAGAAAUACAAUU